AUGUCAAUGGUCAAAUCUCUCGAGUCCCACAAGGACCUCCAAGGCUUCAUCGACCGAUUCGAUAACUUCUUGUUCGACUGUGACGGGGUGAUCUGGCACGGGGAAGAGCUCAUCAAAGGGGUCCGGACAGUCUUGGAACUCCUACGCAAAUCGAAUAAGAAACUCAUCUUCGUCACCAAUAAUGCGACCAAGAGUCGGGAAGCUUUUAAAGCUAAAUUCGAUCGUCUCGGCAUUCAGGCUGACCUGGACGAAAUCUUUGGCUCAGCUUAUGCAACUGCACUAUACCUAAAACGGAUCUUGAAAUUUCCUGACGACAAGAAAGUAUAUGUGAUUGGCGAGAAGGGCCUGGAGGAUGAACUAGCCAGUGAAAACUUAAAAUUUUGUGGGGGUACUGACCCAGCCGAUAACGAGUUCAUAGACCUUAUGGAUUUUUCCUCUAUCCAGACAGACAAGGACGUGGGUGCUGUGAUGUGUGGAUUUGACAUGCACAUCAACUAUAAAAAACUGGCGAAGGCUCAUCGGUAUCUGCAUGAAAAUCCUGACUGUCAUUUCAUCUUGACAAACGAUGAUUCUACUUUUCCCACUGACGGUUCACUUUUCCCGGGCUCGGGUGCUAUUUCAGCCCCUCUAAGAUACGCAAUGUUGGGCAAGAAGGAUCCGAUUGUUGUGGGUAAACCAAACCAACCCAUGCUGGAUUGCAUCCUAGAAAAACAUAAGCUUGAGCCAUCUAGGAGUUGUAUGAUUGGUGAUCGGUUGGAUACUGAUAUCGCUUUUGGGAUCAACGGUGGUCUUUCAACCCUCUUGGUCCUCACUGGCGUCGUCACAAGGGCUGAUAUCUCCCAACCUCAAGCCAAGAUCUUACCAGAGUAUGUCAUCGACAGCUUGGGUGACUUUGCGGUCUUGUCCCCAUGA